UCAUCCACUCAUCCAUCCAUUCAUCCACUCAUCCAUCCAUUCAUCCACUCAUCCAUCCACCCAUUCAUCCAUCCAUCCACCCAUACAUCCAUCCAUCCAUUCAUCCACUCAUCCAUCCAUUCAUCCACUCAUCCAUCCAUCCAUCCAUUCAUCCACUCAUCCAUCCAUUCAUCCACUCAUCCAUCCAUCCAUCCAUUCAUCCACUCAUCCAUCCACCCAUUCAUCCAUCCAUCCAUCCACUCAUCCAUACAUCCAUCCAUCCAUUCAUCCAUCCACCCAUUCAUUCAUCCAUUGAUCCAUCCACUCAUCCAUCCACCCAUACAUCCAUACAUCCAUCCACUCAUCCAUCCACUCAUCCAUCCACCCAUCCAUCCAUCCAUCCACUCAUCCAUACAUCCAUCCACCCAUCCAUCCAUCCACUCAUCCAUCCACCCAUCCAUCCAAUCAUCCAUCCACUCAUCCAUCCACCCAUACAUCCAUCCAUACAUCCAUCCACCCAUCCAUCCAUCCACUCAUCCAUCCAUCCAUCCAUCCACUCAUCCAUCCACCCAUCCAUCCAUCCACUCAUCCAUCCACCCAUCCAUCCAUCCAUUCAUCCACUCAUCCAUCCACCCAUCCAUCCAUCCACUCAUCCAUCCACCCAUCCACCCAUCCAUCCAUCCAUCCAUCCACUCAUCCAUCCACCCAUCCAUCCAUCCAUCCAUCCACUCAUCCACCCAUCCAUCCAUCCAUCCAUCCAUCCACCCAUCCACCCAUCCACCCAUACAUCCAUCCACUCAUCCAUCCACCCAUACAUCCAUCCAUCCAUCCAUCCACUCAUCCAUCCACCCAUACAUCCAUCCAUCCAUUCAUCCAUCCACCCACCCAUUCAUCCAUCCACCCAUUCAUUCAUCCAUCCACCCAUUCAUUCAUCCAUCCAUCCAUCCACUCAUCCAUCCACCCAUACAUCCAUCCACCCAUCCACUCAUCCAUCCAUCAACUCAUCCAUACAUCCAUACAUCCAUCCACUCAUACAACUGUGUGAACUGUGUGUGGCAUGAACACGUAACAUUUCAGCCAUGCUGUGUGGUUUCUGGAAAGAAGGUCACAAUGAUGACGGUUGUUAUUCGAAGGGGAAUAAAGUGAGCGCAGCGAAUACCAACAGUGCAGCGGCCAAGAGACACAGUGUCUCAGACGAGUUUCGAGGACUCACCACAGUGGAUCUGAUAAAGAGAGAGGGUUCAAGUCUUGGUCUCACCAUCUCCGGAGGUUCUGAUAAAGACAGUAAACCCCGGGUGUCGAACCUGAGACCGGGAGGACUGGCGGCCAGGAGUGACCAGCUGAACGUGGGUGAUUAUAUAAAGUCGGUGAACGGCAUUAACCUCUCCAAACUGCGGCACGAUGAAAUCAUCAGCAUGCUGAAGAACGUGGGCGAGCGGGUGGUGCUGGAGGUGGAGUACGAGCUGCCUCCUGUCGCCUCCAGCGCGGUGAGCAGCGUGAUCUCCAAAACCAUCGAGGUGCGUCUGGAGAAAGAGGGAAACAGUUUCGGCUUCGUGCUCCGAGGUGGGUUUCAUGAGGAUUGGCGUAAGGCUCGUCCUCUAGUGGUGACCUACAUCAGACCCGGGGGCCCCGCAGACAGGGGGGGCACUCUGAGGGUGGGGGACCGGGUGCUGAGUGUGAACGGAGCGGCUCUAAACCGACACAAACAUGCUGAUGUUCUGACUCUCCUCCUGCAGAGCAACCAGGAAGCUUCAUUCCUCAUCGAGUACGACGUCACGGUCAUGGACUCGGUGCAGAACCACUCAGGUCCUCUGCAGGUGGAAAUCAUGAAAAGUUCCGGCUCUGUUCUGGGUCUGACUCUCAGCAGCUCCCCCUACAGGAACAAACAUGUCAUUACCAUCCAGAAAAUCAAAGCAGCCAGUGUAGCAGACAGGUGUGGUGCUCUGCAUGUGGGUGAUGUAGUUUUGGCGAUAGACGGCGUGAGCACCGAGCGCUGCACCGUCAUGGAGGCUCAACAACUACUGACCAACUCACCCGACACCACCAAACUGGAGAUCCUGCCAACACACCUACAGGAUACAGUGCGUGUUCAGAGGAGCAGUGAGCGUCAGUGGGAGUCCAGUGUGAUUUACCCUGGUACCCUUCCACCCACUCACAGUAAAGUCCCCCCAGCGUGGAGCAGCAGCACCCCUCCACACCCCCACUGCACACCCGUGACUGCAGGCACCUCGCCCCGGAUGCCGGGCCCUCACGGCACUAAGUGUGGCUCUGUGUAUCCCAGCCAGUACGCCUGCAGCACUCUGCCCCUGUACCCCUCCAGUCCCCGCAGCGCCACCAUCAGGAGGAAACCCAGGAGAACCGAACACAAGAGCUCAUUGUCUCUCUCCUCCACCACGCUGGGUGUUGGAGGUCAGGUGGUUCAUGUAGAGGUGAACGAGGUGGUGCUGAGGGGCGACCCGCUCAUGGGCUUCGGUCUGCAGCUUCAGGGGGGAGUUUUUGCCACCGAGCCGCUUUCUGCACCCGCCAGCAUUCGCUUUAUAGAGCCGGACACGCCCGCCGAGAGAUGUGGGCUGUUGCAGGUCGGUGACCGGGUUCUGUCAAUAAAUGGAGUUCCUACUGAGGACGGGACGCUGGAGGAGGCCAAUCAGCUUCUCCGAGAUGCAGCUCUGUCCAAUCAGGUCUCGCUGGAGGUGGAGUUUGAUGUCGCAGAGUCGGUCGUCCCCAGCAGUGGAACGUUUCAGGUGAAGCUUCCGAAGAGGCGGGGGGUGGAGGUGGGCAUCACCAUCAGCUCGAGCAAGAGACCCGGCAGACCCCUCAUCAUCUCUGAGAUCAAGAGAGGGAGCAUCGCUCACAGGACGGGUACACUGGAACCAGGUGACCGUUUGCUGGCCAUCGAUAACGUGAAACUGGAACACUGUGGGAUAGAGGAGGCCAUGGCGGUCCUGCAGCAGGCCGAGGAGAUGGUCCGACUGCGCGUUCAGAAAGACGAGGACAACCUAGAGGUCAGUGUGUGUGUGUGUGUGUGUGUGUGUGUGUGUGUGUGUGUGUGUGUGUGUGUGUGUGUGUGUGUGUGUGUGUGUGUAGAUGAGCUGGAAUCCUCUGGGUCGGUGAUAUUUACAGUAGAACUGAGGAGACACGGAGGUCCUUUAGGAAUCACGAUCUCUGGUACUGAGGAACCUUUCAACCCCGUCCUCAUCUCCAACCUCACACCUCACGGCCUGGCACACAGGACCGGUGCUCUACAUGUAGGUGAUCGUGUGUUGGCCAUUAACACUGUGAGUCUGAAGGGGAAACCGCUGAGUGAAGCCAUUCAGCUCCUCCAGACGUCUGGUGAUGUAGUUACACUCAAGAUCCAGAAACGACCGGAACCGGUUUUGGACUCUGACUCCGGGAGCCUCCUGAUGACGGGAUCUUUCCUGAGCGACGAGGACGACCACGCCCACUCCCUCGGACGCUACAAACACCCCGACUUCCACCGCUUGGCCACGCCGGCCAGUCUGGACUCGGCCAUGGACUCGUGGGAUAGCUCCGCCCUGGACGCCGGGUACGGGAGCCAAGGGACGUACAUCAACCAGACGUCUGACACGGCCGUGUACACGAAGAGUCCGGGGGUGUCCAGGGACUGCGACCGUCGUACUGCUGCAGGAUCCGUCAGCCCGGUGCUCUGGCGCGGCGAUGCUGAUGCUCAGGAGAACUACUGGUCACGAGCCCUGCAGGACCUGGAGACGUGCGGCCAGUCGGAGAUCCUCCGAGAGCUCGAGUCCACCAUGAUGUCGGGCAGCACCCUGAGUCUGGGUGAGGAGAUUGGGGAUCAGUGUAACGGAUCACUGGAUCCUAAACAGAACUGGAUGAUCAGUAGCACUGUUCCGGAGCUGAAGGAAUCCAGCACCACCAACACCACUCCACUGGAGCUACACAAGCUCUGUUUGCAGAAGGACUCGGACUGCAGGGAUUUUGGAUUCAGUGUGUCUGAUGGUUUGUUAGAAAAAGGCGUUUAUGUGAACAUGAUCCGUCCUGAUGGUCCUGCAGAUCGGGCGGGGUUACGUCAGUACGACCGAAUCCUGCAGGUGAAUCACACCAGGACUCGGGACUUUGACUGCUGCCUGACGGUGCCACUGUUAGCCGCGGCGGGUGAUCAGCUGCAGCUGGUUAUUAGCAGGAGUCUCGUUACACCUGAAAACGGUCCGGACGCACCGGAUACGCUCGCUGUUCUGCCUGUCCACGGUCCUGAGAGAACGUCGUCUAUAUGAGAGGACGACGGCGUGUCUGCAGGAUGGAUUACUUACACACACUCACACACACACACACAUCGUUAUUUUAUAUUCUGUAUAAAUUACACGUUUCAGGUCUCACUAAUGAUUUAUUUCAGUUUGUUCAUCACUAAAUCACGUUUCAUUUCUAAAUAUUCACACACAAACUAUCAUUACUAGUUUACCGUGUUUAUGAUCGUUUAUUUGGGUCCACAGACACUAAUUUUACAUUUUCCUUCACUGUUGUACCUUCACACAUGUAUUUUGGUGUUAUAUGAGUGUUAUAAACUAAAUCUAAAGGUUCAGAAGCACAGAGAGCGAGCGAGAGCUUCACAUUAAAUAUAAAGAUCAAACUUUUACCAUGAGAACACACUGACUGGUUCUGUGUCCCACAUCUUUACACCUUUAGUGCUUCAUUUCUCUGUGACUGGGUUUAGUUUGGUGUGUUUGAGUUUGUUACCCUUGUUCUAAUAACAAUCACUAUUUAAAUCCAGAAGAAAAUCAAAUGUAAGGUUGUGAUCAGAUCUGUUUUAAACUGUAACCUAAUGGAAGCAGGUUUCUGUUUUUUUUGUCCACAUUCCUUCUGUAAACACGAGAGUGAAUAACGAGUGGAAACGCGUCCCUGUACAUGAAUGAUUUUAUUAUAUAAUGGAUUUUUAAUAAAGCAACAUAAAACCUG